UCCUAGUCGGCGGAAUUAGGCCGCCGCACCCGGAAGUAGCGGCAGGAGAGGGAGCGCUGAGGUGUCGGCAGGCGGGACUGCGGCCGGGAGCCGGGGACGGGGGGCGUUGGUCAUGUUUCCCUUCGGGCCCCGUAGCCCCGAAGGGGACCAGGCGGAGGAGCUGACGCCCCACGGAAGGCAAGCGGCAGCCGGCGGGCCGCCCUCUCCUCCCCCGCCCGCGCCGCCGCAGCCCGGGGCUGACUCAGGCUCGCCCCCGCCGCCCGCCCGGAGCCCCCGCCGGCCCGGCGCCCCCUUGCUGUCCCCGGCGGCGCGCGCUGGCGAGCUCGGGCCGGCCGGAGCGCUGGAGUCCUCAGCCGCCUCCGCCGAGGGAGAGCCGUCACCGCCCUCCUCUCCGCGCCGGCGCUCCGGGCCGGACUGCAAGGCCGGGAGCCGGGGCUGGCACGGCCUCUGCGCCGGCCUGGGCGGCCCCGGCGCCAGACUGUUCGGGUGGCUGAGAGAGCGCAGCCUGGGCCGCGGGCUGUUCGUGGACCCGGCGCGGGACAAUUUCCGCACCAUGACGAACCUCUACGGUUCCAUCCACCCGGCGGACUCGGUGUACCUCAGCACUCGCACGCACGGUGCCGUCUUCAACCUCGAGUACUCGCCCGACGGAUCAGUGCUGACAGUUGCUUGUGAACAGACUGAAGUUCUUCUUUUUGACCCAAUAUCUUCAAAGCACAUAAAAACUCUUUCUGAAGCUCAUGAAGACUGUGUGAAUAAUAUCAGAUUUCUUGAUAACCGGCUGUUUGCUACCUGCUCUGAUGACACUACAAUAGCACUAUGGGAUCUGAGAAAAUUGAACACCAAAGUAUGCACUUUACAUGGUCAUACUAGCUGGGUGAAGAACAUCGAAUAUGAUACUAAUACAAGACUCUUAGUAACAUCAGGAUUUGAUGGAAAUGUCAUUAUUUGGGACACUAACAGGUGUACAGAAGAUGGGUGUCCACAUAAGAAAUUCUUUCAUACACGUUUUCUCAUGCGAAUGAGAUUAACACCAGAUUGUUCCAAAAUGUUGAUCUCAACGUCCUCUGGAUAUCUCUUGAUUUUGCAUGAUCUUGACUUAACCAAGUCUUUAGAAGUAGGCAGCUAUCCCAUUUUGAGAGCAAGAAGAACUACAUCAAAUUCUGAUUUGACCACUUCGUCAAGUUCUUCUGGUCCUAGAAUUUCUGGUUCACCUUGUCAUCACAGCGAUUCCAAUUCAGCUUCUGAGAAACACAUGUCACGAGCCUCUCAAAGAGAAGGAGUUUCACCACGAAACAGUCUUGAAGUCUUAACCCCUGAAGUUCCUGGUGAAAGAGACCGUGGAAACUGCAUUACGUCCUUACAGCUGCACCCGAAAGGCUGGGCCACUCUUCUUCGGUGCUCAAGCAACACCGAUGAUCAGGAGUGGACCUGUGUCUAUGAAUUCCAGGAAGGAGCUCCAGUGCGACCCGUCUCACCACGCUGCUCUCUACGACUGACUCAUUACAUUGAGGAAGCCAACGUGGGCAGGGGCUAUAUCAAAGAACUGUGCUUCAGCCCAGACGGGCGAAUGAUUUCUUCCCCUCAUGGCUACGGGAUCCGCUUGUUGGGAUUUGACAAACAGUGCAGUGAACUCGUUGACUGUUUGCCCAGAGAAGCCAGUCCCCUGCGGGUGAUCCGUUCUCUGUACUCUCACAACGACGUGGUACUGACAACAAAGUUCUCUCCGACGCAUUGUCAGAUUGCCUCAGGGUGCCUUAGCGGCCGGGUUUCUUUGUAUCAGCCAAAGUUUUAGGCACAACUUACAUCAAACAAGGAACUCUUCUGGUCUCUGACUUACAAAUUACUUCAAUUUAGGUGAAGUAUUUUCUUUUAGAAGAUCUAAGUUUGGGUCAAGGUCCUGGUUCUUAUGGGUCCACGAACACACCGCGACCUGAGCGCGUGGUCAUCAGCAUCUCCGAGGUGGCGUGGCGCGGCGCGGCAGCAUCCUCUUGCCAUUCCUCUGCUCCUGCUCGUCUGUGCCGCUCGGCUCCACCUCUUCUGGGUAUUUUGCACAGUAGCUCUUGUUAAGCUCCUGUCUUCUUUUUCUUCCCUCCCUCCUUCCCUUUUCCACUUUGGUGUGAAUAUUGUGGACAUUUGACAGGAGUGUUCAUUGGGCUAGGAGAAACAACCUGUGAUCCCAGUAUUGAAUAAAACCCAGAAGUUUGAUGUUGGCACGCUGGCUGUUGAAAAAGAAAUCUCAUCUUCAUUGAUCAGUAUAUUUGGCAUUUUAAAUUUGCUGUUAUAUUUCUCUAUAUAUGCUCUAUAUUUCUGAGCAUAGAUAAUGCCAUUAUUCUCAUAAUUGUUAGAUAGUCUUGCAACACAAUGUCUUACGUUUCCUGUUAAAAUUAUACAGGUUUUUUUCACGAUGAGAGGGAUUUGUUGUGAGAUUCCAGGAGAGAUAUCACCGCCUCUCUGCACUUUACUUGUAUGAAUUUAGAGUCUCUAGCAUGUGUCCUUAACUGGUAUUCUGUUCCGUCAGCAGCGUCGGAAGGGAAAGUGGAAGCGACGGGCCUUGGUUAUUCCCAUCGAACAGAAGAGGACUGAUAAGUUUACCGCAGUGUCUCCAUGGAUGUGGUGGCAUCUGUGCGACUUAGUGCUGGGGUGAAGGGCGCUCACGAGUGAGGCGGCGGUCUCUUACGUCUGUCUUCUGUAGGGCAGGUGUCGCCACCUCAGCUCUGUCAGUGAGGACUCCUGUAGUCCCCUUCCACUCCAUCCUACCCACGGUGGUCUCCACAUCCAAGGCAGACUAAGUGCUGAUAUGAAGUAGCGUGUUUUUGGUUUUGUUUUGUUUUAUGGAAUGCAGCAAGUAAAAGCAUCAAGCAGGGGACCGGGGGUCAAGCACAAGGCCCACUGCCCUGUUGAGUAAGCUGCUUUCUUCGAAUCUCCAUGAAGAGUGGGAUUGUAUUUAGAAGAGAUUUUCCAGAAUCUGGAGUUAUUUAAGCCAUGUACUAGCCUUGCCCUCUUAGCUGCAUUCUCUUAGGCGGUGUUCUCCGAUGUGGGGGUGCACUGUAAUCACUGAAGAGCUUGUAGAAAAUGCUCAAGCCUGGGCCUCACCCAAGGAGAGGACAGGGGUCUGUAUUCUUAACAGGAACCCCAAGUAAUCUCUGGGUGAUCUCCAUCAGUUUAAAAACCCACCCUUAAACAGCAGUUACCACUUCUGUAACCACUGGUGCUUAACAGUCCCAGAAGGUGUUUUGAUUAUUUAAAUAGUAGUGAUAAGUAAAUGAAAGCCGUUUUAGAGGCAGAAAAGGAAUUGACCAUGUUAUCUGGCAGGUGAGAAGUUCAGCGAGUGGCCUGAAGUCGUUCUGCAGAGUUGGUGGCAGAGCCAGAGGCUGAACUCCAGUCUCCGAAUUCCUGGCUCAGGGCAGCUUCUACCCUAGCGUGCUGUUAGAAGCCAUGGCUGUGAGCGCUUCUCCCGUAAGUCGCAUUACUGACAGUACCCAGAAAACGGCCAGGUUGAAAAAGGAAAGCAUGUGGUAGAGCCAAGAACACCAGCCACACAGGGGAAGUGUUUUCAAUCGUACCGAAAAGCUUCGGCAACCUAAAUACAUGAAUAAAAAGGAUAUUUCUCUGUAGGACCUACCAAACAGACAUUCACAUACAGGCACGGAGGUGAUAAACAUUCUCACUGGGAGCACUGUUGGUUUUCAAACUAGUUUUAAGAAUUAGAUAAUUUUACCACAGAAGUUGAAGAAAGGAAUUUUUUGGUCAUUGAAAAUUACCACAAAGUGUAGUAAGAACAGGCUUGCCAGAAAUUAUGUGAAAAACACAUACUUAAAGUACAUUUUGGGAUGUAGAUCCAUCCAAAGAUGUCAUCAUUAAAAAUAAGCUACCAAGUACCACAAUCUGAUGAUAGGCAAGACUACGUGAAUUGUAGCAGCCUUGGCCAGAGUUCCCUGUCAAAUGCUGCCCCCACAUGGUGCCCAACUCUGAACUCAGCCACUGACUGGUUCUUUGAACCGCUACAGAGUACCAGUUGUGCUUCAGGUAACUACACUCUUUGCUGCUCCUCCCAGACACCUCACAGUCAGUGGGAUGAGCCCCAGCUUGCUUUGGGGGGAAGGUGAGGCAGGAGGAUUAGGAGGGCUGGGUGGUUUACCUUAAGUCGGCAGUGGGCGGCAGCAGCGGCGUUCCAACCCGGGAUUAUCGCAGGCCAAAGCUUGUGCCUGCUGCUCUACCAUUGCACCUUUUAGUUAAAGGUUAGUCCUCGGGCUUGUAAGUUUGUGUAGCAUCUUCUGAAGUUUGGGGUUAGACCUCCAGACCCGGCUCACCUUCUGGUUCAGGUAAAAGAACCUCUGCAAGGCUGAUGAGGACACACAUCAAAGUCCAUUUGUAACCGGAAAGCCACAAGCAGGACAAACAGCUGUCAGACAGAAGGACAGUGAGGGCAAGCAUCCCUGGGGGGGAAAAAAAAAGCCUCAGAGGUGAGACUUUCACACACACACAGCCAGCAAACCCCCAGGAGAGCCUUUGUCCUCCUGAGGCACCGUCCCCAUCACCAGGGCCUCGGCCAGCACGCAGCAAACACGGGCCUGAGGGUGGGAGGCAGCCCCUGGCGCGUCCAGGCCCCGUUUCCCAGCGAAGGGAAAAUCGAAUCUCGUGUUUUCUACUCUAAAUUUUAAAUGUUUUUAUUCGCGAAAGUUGGUGAAUGUAUUCUAAGUGGUAAUGUAAUACAUCAUUGGUAACUGUAGUAUAAGUGGUUCUGUUUUCAAAAGCUUCCUCCAGAAAGGUCUGUCUAUGGCAGUGCUGUAUUAGUUAAGGCCAAGUAUGUAAUAAAUAGUUCCUUAUUUUUAGUUGUGAAAAUGAAGUGUGUAAAGCAGAAGACAGCUCUAAUUUAGUCUGUUAAAAAUGUGUGUCUGGUCUUUUCUCCCCCCUCAGAAGCCCAAAGCACACGUCUGUUUUGUCGUGGAUAUCAAAGAGGCAGCUAUACCAAAAAUUUUAGGAAAACAAGCAAGGACGCGGUAAAUCACACGCUCCCUGCUCCUGGCUCUGGAGCCGGGACCACGCUGCACGCCUGUCAGAGCUGUGACCCCCGGCGCGUGUACCGUGGGGCGGGCGUGCCCGGACCCCCCAGUCCGCGGUCCUGGCGCCGCGUGUCUGACACUUGUAGUUGGAAGGCCGGGGCUGAUGACAGUCGUCCCCACCGACUGACCAGCGGGCCGAGCGCUGGGAGACUGCACUCCCCACAGCCUGCCACGUCCCGAAGGGGACGGCACGCAGGAAUUUGGAUCACUAACUUUGUAAGUGCCAAAACCACAAUCUUGGAAUUAUUUUUGAUGCAAGUCUUUCAGGAGUGUAAGUGUGCCGCGCCGCCUAACUAGUGCACUCGGUGUAACUCACUUCUUCCCAAUGAGGAGUCACAGUCGUCAUGUGUUACUGCAGACCCCUACUGAGCUGUGACGCGCACGGGCUGUAACAUACGACGCCUCAGUCCCUGUCCCCGGUGCUUCCCGCAGGCCCGAGGCCUAGAACAGCAUCUGCCUUGGACUGUGGGCUUGUUUUCUAUCUGCUAAGCAGCGUGCUCUGCCGCCUCCUGACCUGCCGCGUGCCCGUGUGGCGAGCUGGGCGUCCCGAGCGCCUCCGUCUGAUCGGACAGACUCCGGGCACGCAGUCUGCUACGGCCCCCUGGUUGCUUUCCGCCCCUUGACUGUCACAGCAACCGUCCGGGAAGUACGAGCGCCCAGUUCCAGGCUGAAACUAGGCCAGCUGCUACCAACCAAGACGCCGCCGGGUGGCGGGAUAGACCGCAGCGUGCCAGCGACAAAGGCCCCGAUUGGCGGAGGGCUCUUUCAUGCUUUUAAGGAGAGAGGAAGCGCGCAGGGGGAGAAAUGAAAAUAAAGUCCACACGGACAAGAGGACUUUGUCAGUAACCACUCAGCUGUGUGCUGAGAGUAGCACAUGUUGGAGGUGCAGGGCAGUCUCCUAGAUCGUUCUACAAUUUAUAUCCUGGAGAGAAUUCUAAAUGACGUCCUAAGAGCUUCUACUCAAAUGAUAAUGCAAAUUAUGAAAAACUCUCCAAAUCACUUUUAUGCGGCUCUCUUUAGUUGUAAAUGAAUUAGUGGUAGGGUGACAGGCUUCAGCCAGAGCCCCAAGGGCCAUGUUUCCCAUACAGACAGCCUCCUUCCUGUAUGUGUGGAUAUAGUACACGUGUCACUAGAAACCAAAGUGUCAUCCAGAGAUAAUAAAAUAACUUAAAAUUUGAAUCUGGUCCCAAGUCUUUAAAUUAGGCAGCACUUGCAGCUUUUCUAAGCUGUCCAGAUACAGACAGGUUGCAUGGCUUUUCUAUUAAAGAGCAAACAUUCGGGUUUCUUUUACAUUUCACUGCACCUUCUACUUGCAGACUGUGCUUUCUGCUAAAUUUUAGAUUCACAUUUGCAGGAAAUGUAAAGUGGUGCAGAUAACAUGCCAGACACCCAGGACAUCCUCUCCGGCUCCGAGCUGCUGUGACGUUCUCACGCUAGACUGUAAGCUCCUGGCGGGCAGGGGCUGGCUUAUUUAUCCUUGAGUCUUCAGUCCCUGGUACAGGACCUGACACAGAGCAUUUGUUCAGUACUCAUUGAAUGAGCCAGUUGAACCUUCACAUGUGGCCCCAAGCUCCCAAGAAGCUAGGACACGACGUGUGAAUUACCCAGGACUAGAGGAACCCAUUGCUUAGUACAUCUAAUAGACUGUUCAGAGGAAGACAGUUCUGGCUGCAAGUAACUUUCUCAUGGGUUUGGAAAACCACAGGUUAGCACUCAACUCUUCAUUCAACAGCCAUUGGGAUCCCUGCUGUAUGUCUAGUCGAACUCUACAGACCGAAGGAUCAAAGAUCACUGAAGGUCCGGGUACUUCAUGAAGGCGUUCCCGUCCAUGCAGAGCUCACGGGCGCUGGACCUGUGCGCUCGGAGGGCCCCGCACCCAGCAGAGCGCCUCGCCAGACGGACGCUCUGCUGCGGCCAUCCUGAGUGUGUUUGAAAAGGGGCCUGCCUUUUUAUUUUACACUGGAUACACAGAAUUAAAUAGCUGGUCUUGCUAAGAUGUUAUCAUUUUGACAUGUUGGAAACAAAAUAAAAGUUGCAGUAUCUUCCAUCGA